CAUUUUGGUUUACUAGUAUUUUUUAUAAUAACACGUUUGAUAUCCUAAAUUCAAGGCUCUUCUCAAUUCAAACCUCUAUUUAAUUAUGCACUGGUCAAAAGCUUGUUGUUGAAAUUAGAAUUUAGAUCUGAAUGGUUUCUGAAUCAAAAGAAAGAGUUAUGCAGUUGCAGCAGAGAGAAAAUUCGAAAUCAGCUAUGUCACAGGUUGUAAUUUCAACAUUGAUACUUAUAAUUAUGGUGGCAAGUCCUGUCACUGAAGCAAGGAAGUGUAGUAUUCCAGCCAUAUUCAACUUCGGAGAUUCAAAUUCGGACACAGGCGGUCUGUCUGCAGCUUUCGGACAAGCUCCCCCGCCUAACGGAAUCACUUUUUUUCACACGCCUGCCGGACGCUUCUCUGAUGGUCGGCUCAUCAUUGAUUUUAUAGCACAAAACUUGGGGUUGCCUUAUUUGAGUGCCUACUUGGACUCAAUUGGUUCAAAUUUCAGCAGUGGAGCCAACUUUGCAACUGCAGGAUCAACCAUCAGACCUCAAAAUACAACCAGGUCUCAAAGUGGAUACAGUCCCAUUUCAUUAGAUGUUCAACUUGCAGAAUACUCUGAAUUCAAAACAAGAUCCAUAAACAUUCGCAAAAAAGAAGGGGUGUUUAAGAAGUUGUUACCCAAGGAGGAGUAUUUUUCUGAGGCUUUAUACACUUUUGAUAUUGGCCAAAACGAUAUCGCUGCUGGUUACAAACUCAACAUGACUACAGAACAAGUUAAAGCCUAUAUACCUGAUGUAUUAGGCCAAUUCUCUAGUGUCAUAAGGAGUGUGUAUAAGGAAGGUGGAAGGUCGUUUUGGGUACACAACACAGGCCCAUUGGGCUGCCUUCCGUACAUGCUGGAUCGAUUUCCGAUGAGCUCGGCCCAGAUGGAUAAAUUCGGGUGUGCCAAACCGUUCAACAAGAUAGCGCAAUAUUUUAACCGAAAAUUGAAAGAAACUGUUGUGAAAUUGAGGGAAGAGCUUCAAGAGGCUACAAUUGUGUAUGUUGAUGUGUACACUGUGAAAUAUACGCUCAUUAGCCAUGCCCGAAAAUACGGUUUUGAGAAGGGUGUGAUUGCAUGCUGUGGAAAAGGUGGGAAGUAUAAUUUCAGUAAUGGAGCAAGAUGUGGAGCUACAGAGAUUGUGAAUGGGAGAAAGGUUUUGAUAGCUGGAUCUUGCAAGGAUCCAAGUGUGAGGAUUAUUUGGGAUGGGAUUCAUUACACUGAAGCUGCUAAUAAGUGGAUAUUCCAACAAAUAGUUAAUGGGAACUUUUCAGAUCCACCUAUUUCUUUCAAAAUGGCUUGCCAUGACCAAUUAUGAAACCAUUCAUCAAUACUCAUCUAAUUUUUUACAAUACUCUUCAUGAUCACAUGUUUUCCCAAUCUUAGUUAGGGAAAUCUACAUAAAUCUCAUAAAUUUCAAUUAACAAAAAAAAGUGUUCACAAAUAGUUGUUUGAAAGCAUUUUUAUUUAUAAAUUAGAUGAAUCAAAUCCAAAAAAUUCAUCAAAACUUUUUAAAAAAAUUCAUCAAUAAGUGUGACAUUUAUCUAGUAACUAGAGUUGAU